CUUGAUCGGACAUGUAAGAUGUAAAUUAUGAUAUUAUCAUAAAUAGAAAAAAGAACAAAGCAGAUUUGAAAAUUUUCUAAUUCAAUUUAAAGCUUUAGUAGAAUCAUACUAAAUUACGACCCCAGAACCAGAGGAAUAUCCAAAACCAUAAAUCACAAAGCAAAAAAAACAAAAAAAACAAAAAGAUCCAUUAGCACCAAAGAUGCCUAAAUCAGCCUUCAUCUUUUACUUUUAGGAUAAAAGAGAGAAAUUUCAAUAACAAUAUCCAAGUCUUUUUUUCAUGCUAUACUAGAUCUACAAUUUCAAGAAAUCACCAAAUUAAUUGCAAGUGAAUGGAAAGAUUUACCCAAAGAAAUUUAGUAGGUACUCAAAACCAUGUUAUAAUGCCUAGUCAUAUCACGAUUAAGCCUUUAAAGACAGAAGUCGUUAUUCCUAAGAAAGUGAACUCUAUUGCACUUAAACAGGCAAAAAAUUCAAAGGCAAGAAUCAAGCAAAAUCUAAUAAAUCAAAUGCAAAAUAAGAAUAACUCUAAUAAAAAGUAGAUCAAGAGGAUGAAAAUGAUUCUUUUGGUGCAGAUAUAGGUUAAGAAUGAUAUCUAUAAAAAAACACACCUGAAAUAAUUAAUGGUC